AUGGCGACACUCCAAGAUGCAGUCGCAGCUCCACCUCCAGCCAACCCUGACGACAUCCUCGCCGGGUUUGAUGCCGUCCCACUCUUCAUGAAGAGCCUCCCAGAAGAGCUCGGCGGCACCGCCAAGCAGCGCGAGAUCAAGGAGGGCGAGACCAACCCGUCCGACACCCUCGCCGCCCUCCAGGCUCUCGCCUACGACGGCGACCCGUCCGAGAUCGCCGAGAACUUUCGCAACCAGGGCAACGACCUGUUCAAGCGCCGCAAGUUCCGCGACGCUAUUGGCUUCUACACGCGCGCGCUCGACGAGGUCGGCAAGGACCUGUCGAUCGAGGAGCGUCGCACCCUGUGGAGCAACCGUGCUGCCGCCAACCUCGAACUCGGCAACAACGGCGCGACGCUACGCGACUGCUCGCAAGUCCUCGCGCAGACCAACGCGUCGUACCCGGACCCGCCAUCCGACGCAUCGCACCGUACGACGAUGAAGGCGCUCCUGCGCAGCGCUCGCGCCCUCUCUGCGCUCGACAAGCUCGCCGAGGCGCUCGACGCGUUGAGCCGGCUCGCGCUUCUCGAGAAGGAGCUCGGCGAGGAGGACAAGGACGUUGGCAAGAAGUGGCGCGACGAGGUCGAGAAGAAGGUCGAGGCUCGCAGGAGGCGCGAGGCUGAGAAGGCCGAGAAGGAGCGGAGGAAAACGCUCGGCGAUGCGGCGCUCGUCCUCGCCUUGACGCAACGAGGCGUCGUCUUCCCUCGACCAACGGCCAAGAAGGCGCUCUUUGCCAACUGCCCGACCGACGUGACGCCUCCACACUUCGACCCCGACAUCAUGCCCGUCGCGUCGCUCCCCUCGAUCCCUCUCGUCGCGCCGUCGCCCCUGCCCGCCGACUAUGCGCCGUGGCAGCCCGCGCCGCCCGAGACGCCGCUCGUCUUCCCCGUCUUCCUCCUCCUGCCGCUCGCGUCGCCGCCGACGCGCGACCUCAUCAUGGCGUUCCCGGAGCAGGCGACGUUCGGCGACGCGCUCGAGUCGAUGGACCAGGACCCGCAGAGCGUGCAGCUGUACCUCGCGACCCGGCGCGGGCGGGUGCUCAAGAUUGGGGCCAAGUUGACGCUCGGCAAGGUGUUGGCGGCGGCGGGCAAGGUCAAGGAGGGCGAGCAGGCGGACGGGUGGGAGCUCAAGGAAGGGUGGGCGUUCGAGAUGGUGGGCGUGCCCAAGGACGAGCGCGGCGAGGAGUGGAUCCAGGGGUGGAAGAAGGAGCCCGACUCGACCUCCCCGCACCACCACCUGCACCGCGUGGUCGCCUUCCUCCAGCCCGUGCUCGUCUGCCUUCGCCAGCCUGUUACGUCCCAGGUCCCUCACCCGCCACCGGUCACGCCUACUCCGUCGCCACCAGCACCGCCUUCGUCCCGCUCUCACGCCCUCUCGUCCUCGCCUGAGAGCCCGAAGCCGUUCAGCACACCCGCACCGACCUCUCGACUAGUCGACCGCACCCGGAUCUCGAACCCGAGCCUCGCUACCGCAACGUCUCUCGACCUGCCCUAGCCCCGCUCUCACCUUCGAGCCUCGAGUGCACCGCCUCGUCGAGCGUCAUCCUCACCGCCAACCAUGCCUCCCUCUCUUCCCACUCCUCCUCGCCCUUCCUCCCGC